CGUUACCUUAUUUUGUUAUCGGACUAUAGCAUUCUAUUGGCACAAUCUGACAGUGGAACAGUUAAUGUUAAACAUCUUUAACAAAAACUGGAAACUGCUUGCUCGUAAGCACAAUAGCUUGUUCUAAACAGCUCUUAUCGCAAGAUUCUCGCUGAUGUUCCUUGUGAUGUUGCUCUACGGGUAGAACCUGUUCCAGUAGUAGGGGUGGCAUAUAGUUUUACUUUUUAUGUUUCAUUUUCAUAAGCUCAGUGUGAAGUCGAACUGUGAAACGGCAUCAUGUCGACGGAGCUCCUGGCGCAGGAACUGACAUGCCCGAUCUGCCUGCAGCUCUUCUCAGAACCGGUGAUGCUGCCCUGUGCCCACAACUACUGCGUCUCCUGCAUCCAGUCUGCCACAGACUCGGAGAAAGGACCACACCGCUGCCCUGAAUGCCGACAAGAGUAUCAUGGGAUUAAGGACAUUCAGAAGAACCUGAAGCUGUGCAACAUCAUUGAGAGCUACAAGAUCACCACAGGGAAGGGCCAGGACAUGAAUACAGUGCAGUGUGACUACUGCUUGCCCAUCAGAAAACCGGCCUUCAAGACCUGUUUGAAAUGUGAGAUCAGCCUGUGUACCGAUCAUCUCCAGGCUCAUGCAAAGAAGAUGUCCUUCAGGAACCAUACACUGGUUGAGCCACUGUCAGACCUGAACUCCCAGAAAUGCUUGUCUCACAGCAAGAACCUGGAGUUUUACUGCGCAACUGAUGCCGCCUUUCUCUGUGCGAGCUGCUUCAUUGAGGGUACCCACUACGGCCAUGAUAUUCAUAACUUUGAGAGUGCCGGGGCUGAGAUGAGGUGCAUUUUAAGGGCUGACCUGAAGCUCGCCAAAGAAAAGCUCCAGAUGACCUCUAUCUUGCUGCAGAAGAGCCUUGGGGAGGAGAUGGCUUUCGCUGAUGCCAGCGACCAUCUUACAGUAAAAGCCCUGGGCAUCCUGGACAGUAUGAUUAACCAGCUAAACGGAUACAAGUGCCGACUGAGCAAGCAGCUGGAGGAGGAGCAUGCGUGCAAGCAGGAGAGCUGGCAGGCCAACAGAAGUCAGAUGACUAAGCAGCAGAGUCUCCUGAAGGAUAUCCAGGAGCAGGCUGAAUCUGUUCUGGCAGAGACGGACCAAUGCCUGUUUGUUCACCAGUUUCUAUCGAUCAAGUCCCAGCUUAAAGAAGCCUUAGAUAGUAACGUGGAUAUGCCAGCACCUCCUACUGUGGACACAAGACAUUUAUGUGCUCUCACAAGAACAGAUGAGUUGAAGACAGAUAUGACUAUGCUGCUCCAGGCACUGCAUACCUUGCUCACUCCAUUGGAGUUGACUUUUGACCCCAACACAGUCCACAAUAGCUUGCUCCUGUCCAAUGACCUGAGGACGGUGAAGUAUAAUGCCGGCAAGCAGGUCUACCCAGAGCACCCCGAACGAUUCCAGGCUGCGCCUCAGGUGCUGUGCUCCCAGGGUUUCUCUGGUGGAGAACAUGUCUGGGUGGUGGAGGUAGGCCAGUGCAUGUGGUCUGUGGGUGUGUGUUAUCCCAGUGUGCCCAGACGUGGGGAUCACAGCCGCCUGGGCCACAAUUCUAUCUCCUGGCGCCUCCAGUGGAAGAACAAGAAACUGACAGCCUGCCAUGCAUCGUCCACAGUGACACUUCCUGUGACUAUUCCUCCCUUGAGGCUAGAAAUGGCCCUGGACUACAGUAGGGGCACGCUGUGCUUUCAUAGCAUCAAGGGGCGGCGGGAACACCUGCACACCUUUACAGCCAAGUUUCAGGAGAUGGUGUACCCUGCUUUUGCCAUCCAUUCAACUAACUCUGAGUCCUGGAUAACCUUACAGAGCUGAGUAUAAUUGUGCAUGUUAGUCUCUAUAAAAUGCAGAAUGAAUGCAGUUUCAGUCACGUUUCAUUAGUUGCAAAUUAUAGUUGAAUAUAUAAUUAUUCUUUAAUGAGUAAGCAAAUAAUACAAUAGAGAAAUAAUACAUUUUCAAAUACAUCUUAGUCUAAUAUUAUUUACUUUUGAACGUAUAUUCUUUUGAACGUUGGGCUCAAUCGGUAGACUCAGUAGUUCCAGGUCUCUCAGCUUCCAUUUUGGUUGCAUUGGUCCAUUGGGUAAUAUAAACAUUAUGACUUCACUCCUAGUGACAUUCACUCCUUAGUUUUAUGAAAAAGAGGUUCUUCCUAUUAUUUUACCACUUUAAAGGUUUUUACUUUCUUAUUGUUUAUGGAAAUGUUUGGAUGACAUGUGAUGUAUGUCAUUUGGCUUGGUAUUGUCAGGGUGAGAUUAUUAAUAUAAUGGCAUGGGUAACCAGAGGCAUGUGGUAAAGCUAGUCUACAUUUAACUGAUGCUUUCAUCCCAAAGACUUACAGUAAAGGGAAGAGUUACCAUUUUUUAUGUUUGCACCCAUGGAUUUGGGCUCAUAACCUUUGCAUUGCUAGUGCAAUACUUUACUUGUUGAGCUACUUAAGGCUACAAAAAAAUACUUUUACAAUCAGAAAGUUAACUACCAUAACUACAUGUAUCAUUUUCUGCUGAUAAUAAUCAAUUUUUCACACUGAA